GGCAAAAAUAUGUCCAAAAAUAAUAACAAUUGUAGAUGCAAACGUAGAAGGAGGGAUGUUUUUUAUAACAGAAUUAUUAAACUCAAAACUCUGUCUUGAUAAAGAUAUUCAAUUAAAUAUAUAUAUGGAAGAAUUUCAAGAAGAAAUAUACGAUGAACUCAAGAGUAUUCAAGAUGUGGGAUUUCAUUGUUUGCGAAGUGUCAACUUUUUCUCGAUACUUCCAAAUUCGUUGAUUGGAAGUGAUUUGGUUUUGUUUAUUAAAAAUUAUAAACAAAACGACGUAUCAUUGGUUAAAUAUUAUUCUGAAUGCUGUAAAAAUAAAUGUAAAAUUUCUACAAAAUACGUAUUUUGUGGAUUUUCUGGAGAUAUGAAUUAUUUGGCCCAAGAAUUUUAUUCUGAGAACAAAAGUAUAUUUCCUAAUUGUAACGUGGUUACAAUAACAGGAAAUAUAGAUUUAACUGUGAAAAAAUAUAUUUCCGACAAAGUAUGUGUUAAUGUAUCCGAUGUUGUUGAUCUUGUGGUUUGGGGAAAUACCAACAAUUUAUUUCACAUUUCUUACGAGUUCGUUAAAGUACUUAACUCAAAUGGCGCCAUUCAAAAAUCUUCAAAUGAUUAUUAUCGUCCUUUGAAAGAAAUUUUAGAUGAUCAAAAAGUAUCACAUUAA